AUGAGCGCCCACGCGCUUCCUUUCUGCCCCGCACGCCCUCUGAUUCCCUUCCCUGGCCGCGUCGCGCCGUGUGACCGCGCGGGACCGCAACGGAUCACCGCGUCUCGAUGCCGACCGUCAUCGCCGGCGCCUCGUCCCCAGCCUUCUUUCCCUUCGGCCAUGCUCCUUGCCUCAUCAUUCCCUUCUGUCUUCGCGCCGUCGCAACCAAUCGCGAUCCCAUCCGUAACUCAUUGGGGUGACUCUCGCAGCGGACUUCGCCGGAAGGUCGGAACUGUCACCGCAGCAGCUGUGCAGCAGCGAAAGCUGGACCGCGUUUCACGGCGACUGAUAGGGCGCCUGGGGGCGGGAAUCGAGGCGGCAUGCUGCCGGAGUGACCCGCCUGGGCGGAGAGGCGGAAGAACCGAAGCAGACGCGCAGAGGAGAAGAGCGGUCCGCGCACAGGCGAGCAGUGCAGGAAAGCCGUGGUCGCGGGAACGAGAGCAGCGAGGGGAGGUCGGAAGCGCGGAGGGCAGCGUUGCAGAGCUGCGUGGGGAGGCGGAGACGGAAGGGGGGUCCGCCAUGGGCGGAGCAGUGAGCGCGGGGAGGGGCAGCGGAGAGGGGGAUGUGGAUCCUGCGGGGGAUCGGCCAGUGCUGUGCUUUCCUGGCGGGUAUGGUGGCAUGGGGCGGUGUGGGGGAGCAAAGCGCAGUAUGGGGGCGGUGUGGGGGAGGAAAGCGCAGUAUGGGGGCGGUGUGGGGGAGGAAAGCGCAGUAUGGGGGCGGUGUGGGGGAGGAAAGCGCAGUAUGGGGGCGGUGUGCCUCGGGAUGUUCUUCUACUGGCAGAUGGGGGCGGCGGGGGCCGUGUCACGGCACGGUGCGGUGGACGGGGCGAGGCUGGUGGGGGCGAGUGCGGGCGCGCUGGCAGCCACGCUCACGGCAUGCGGGGUGGACGCCACCGCUUCUGCGCGCGCCGCCUUCGACCUCUCCCUUGCCAACGGCGUCUGGGAUCGCCCUGCAGGGCUGGCAGGAGUGUGGGGUCGGCUGGUGGGCGAGUGGUUGGACCUCAUGCUCCCACCGGAUGCUCACACCCGCUGCACGCACCGCCUCUCUCUCCACAUAGUCACACUGCCCUCCAUUCGCCACCGCGCGCCGUGGUUCCAGAGGCAGGUGGUGUCGCAGUUCCCAUCGCGUGCGGACCUGAUAGCGUGCUGCCUGGCGUCCGUGCACAUCCCCUUCUUCAUGGACGGCCGCCCCUGGACGCUCUACCGCGGCCGCAGAUGUGUUGACGGCUCCAUUCUCGCCAUGCCCAAGGCACUGCAACCUCGUGACUCCUCUCCUCGUACCCUCGCCCUACCUAUGAACCUUUCCCUCACCCCCCCUUCCUCUUGCCCGCCGUUCCUCGGGUUUGAUAUCCAGGAGAUGCGUCGGCGGCGUUGGGACUUCCUGAGCCUCGGUGCGCGGGGGAGAGGAGGGGAGAGGGCGCGGGCCCGUGAGGUGGGCGAGCAAGGGUGGGAGGAGUGGGCGAGGGGGGAGGAGGAGGUGAAAGUGAGCGAGCACUACAGUGAGGAUGACGACGAUGCCCUGCCCGCUUCCCCUCCCCUCCACACACUGUCUUCUCCAUUGCCUACAGCCCCGCAGCACCCCCCUUCCUCUGCCCCGGCGCGGACGUGGCUGUGGAUAGAGGAGAUGAUGCAGAGAGGGGAGGCGUAUGCGAUGCGGGAGUUAGUCGAAACGGGCUUGUUGCACACUGUCAUCCCUCCUGUGUCCAGUGCCUCCACUCGGGCGCGCUAUCAAUGA